CUUCAGAAAAACUUGCUUGCUUUGUAAGGUGUUUCACCUUCACAAGGUGGACAGGCUUUCUUUCCUCUCCCUCCCAUUCUACAAAUAAUUCAGCCAUCAGGAAGAGGCCAGAGGAGAGAUGGCUAGUGAUUCAGUCUUACUGGCUGCAGUCACUGUUGUAUCUAUCUGCCAGCAAAUUUUCUUUGCUUGGCAGGUAAUAAAAGCCAGGAGGAAGUACAAGAUCUCAGCCCCGGCCGUCACCGGGUCAGCAGCCUUUGAGAGGGUAUUUCGUGCACAACAAAACUCCGUGGAGUUUUACCCCAUCUACCUGGUCACCUUCUGGAUGGCUGGAUGGUUCUUCAACCAAGUCUUAGCUGCCCUUUGUGGCCUGGCAUACCUGUAUGCUCGUCACCAAUACUUCUUUGGAUAUUCAGAGUCAGCUCAAGAAAGGAAAAUAGGCUUCCAGAGGAGUGCGGGAGUUUUGGCUUUGCUGAUCAUCCAGGCUACAGUGGGAAUUGCCAACAACUUUCUGGAUGAAUACAUGGACUUCAAUAUUUUCAAGAAAUUACAUCGAUUGUUGUAGAAAUUUUUCUCCCUUUUAAUAAUAUCAAGUUUUUUUUUCCCCACCCCCGGAGAUAGACCAAAAACAUAUGAAAUCAAAGUUCCCAUGUUUGGACUGAAUCAUAGAAUGAUAAUACUGAGAAAUCAUUCAGCCCAACUCCAUAUUACAGUAGGAGGAAACUGAGACCCAGACAGUUCAUCUCUAUUUUGGUUUUCUUGAGAUGACUUUGGAAAAAUGUUCCCUUUCCAGAAUGUAUUACUUGCUUAAUUUUCUAUAAACUAUUAUUUGUCCUUGCAUAUAUAUGAUGGAGUUAAAAAUCCUAAAAACAAAUACCUUGUUUGUGUUUUGUUUUGUUUUUAAAGAAACUGUUGCUGAAGGACAACAUGCUUGCAUU